UUUAAAAAUGACAUCACAAUGUAAAAGAUCACACGACAAGCCAUGUAUGUCAGCAUCAAGUGCCUUCAACCUGAAAAUAGCAUCUGCAACAAACAAGAGAUCAAGUUGCUUCUUGAAAACCAAUCAACUGUAGAUACUAUGUACUAUUCAUUUCUCAUCCCUGCCGUGCGGUGUUGCCAAGAACAUUGGAAUUCAACUGAUACAGCACGCAUUUGCUACAUUAGUAACGACUGUUCCCUUCAUACUUCUGCAGGAGACUCGAGUUUAUCGCAAGCAAAAAAGCAAGUAGCAGAAGAUGGUUGAGGUACUUGGCUUGCUUGGGGUUGUGAUAUUACUCGCAUUGUGUUUGGUAGUAGCUAGUAGUGGACGGCUCAGGAAUGUCGUCAUCAAUUCAAACCUCUACAAGAAAGGCUUUGCUCUACACAUGGACAUUUUUAGUAAAUUACACAACAAAGCAAUCCAGAAGGUUAAGCAGGAGUUGUUUUCAAGUAUGAAGCCAACACUGCAGAACAUCAAAGGAGAUAUUUUAGAGAUUGGUUCUGGUACAGGAGCGAAUUUUGCUUUCUUUCCUGAAGGGAGUUCAGUCAUCGCCAUUGACCCUAACCCCCAUAUGGAAAAGUACCUCAAGAACAACGCAGAUAAAUUUCCAAACAUCACAAUCAAAAAGGUAGUUACUGGAUUUGCUGAGGACAUGGCUGAAAUAGAAGAGAAUUCCGUAGCAGUUGUGGUUUGUACCUUGACUCUAUGCUCUGUUCAGGAUAUUCCCAAGGUGUUACAAGAAAUCAAACGAGUAUUAAAACCGGGCGGCUGUUUAUACUAUCUGGAACACGUUCUAGACGAAGAAGGCAGUUUAAGAAGAACGUUCCAAAAAUACUUCGAUGGAUUAUGGAAGUAUUUAAGUGACGGCUGUUCCUGUUCUACUGAAACGGCAACCUUUAUCACAGAGGCUGGGUUUUCUUCCGUUUCAYAUGAGACGUUCAUCGCCAGAGACCUGAACGCUAUUGCAUGGAUCAUGAGAUCACACAUUGUUGGUUAUGCAGUAAAGUAGAACGGACAGUACCAAGAUGUCAAUGAAGUGAACUUAAUUUUAGGGUUGGUGAAAGUGAAAGAGCUUCCGUUUAAGCAUAACUCACUAUUGCGCAAGCGCGCAUUCAGACACGUGUUGCUAAUAGGUUGAAUCUCGUGUAGCCUCGCUUUCAGAGCGUUUCCGACAAGAUACGCAAUAAUCUGGAUAAUCCCAAAACAGCUCUUCUGUUUUGACGGUUACCAAUUGACGUAAUUCGUCCGAUGCAAACACUCAAAAUGACCGGAUGCAUUCGUUUGUUAUUAGUGCUACCAUAUUGCUACUGCAAUGGUCACAAGAGGUAAAAAAAAAACACUUCAAGCUACAUCAACCAACUAACAAGAGUAAUCCGCAGCUCAUAGCCAUAUUUAAAGUAUUUCUUAUUAUAGCUAUUUAUUUUUAAAAACAGCUUUCCCUGCUUGCAGAGCCUAUUUUUCUUUUGUUUUGAUUGGGACAAAUUGACUCUGCCGAUGUAGGACGUUUAAUUUCCUGUAACACACCGCAGUUCGUGAACGAAAGCGCAUGAGCAAGUGUAACAAAACGUAGCGCCAAACGUUAUUAUACACUAUCUGUCGAAAUCAUAACAGCGUUGCUUUAUCACGCCACGCAUGCGCGACAAGCAUAACAUCCUACAUCUCUUUACAAAAGAAAAAAAAAGGUUCUGCUGCCAGCAAAAAACAGUUUUUCUCAUUUCUCCAAAAAUCAGACUUCCACAUAUAAAGUACAGUCCUCAGAACAAUCCAACGUAAAUAAUUACAAUAAUUCAAGUAAAAUUGAAAGUAUAAUUAUUCGUUUAAUGCAAAAAUAAAUGAAUCUUUUAGUCA